AUGCCCGACACACCCGAGCCGGAUGUCUCUCAUGCUGUCCAGCCCUGUCCCACCAUGCCGUUCCCCUCCUGCAAGUCUGAGUGCAUGACCGGUGACGGACUAAACGCCGUUCAUGACGAGGGAGACGUGCAACGCGACUUGGGAACAUGGAAUGAUGGUGCUCAGACCACUGCCAUUGAACAUUUGGUCAACCUGAAACAGGGUUUGCGGGCAUCCGAUACCGAGCUGUUCUGGAAACGGCUUAUGGAGGACAUGACAUCUAUGACCAAAGCUCAGUAUGGGUUUGUUGCCCGGAGGGUGCACGGGAGUGAGGCCAUGCCAGAACUAGGCGGGCGGCGCCCGUCGCUUUUUGGUGCAGCUUUCUACUAUAACGAUGGUUACCAGACCGUUGGUUUGCAGCGAAACAGGUAUUUCGCGGGCGGGAACCCCUUACUGCAUAUGGACCAUGAACGGCCUUGUUUGAUCCCCGAGAAUCUCAGCUCACUUGUAUCGUUCGGCGAUGAUCAAUUACCGUUCGCCGCCGAUGGUUAUUUGGCGAUUCCCCUCUUUUCGGCUGGAAAGUGCCUGGCGCACCUCGGGUUGAUGUGGUCGAAAGAUGGUCUUCGGCAUAGAAACCUGUCCUGGUCCUUCCUGGAGAUGAUUCUCCACUCACUCGAAGACCUGAUUGUACAACGACUAGGCCCAGGGGAGCAAAUUCUAGAUGAAGGCUUAGAUUCUCCAACGGCAAAUACCUCAGAUUUCCACAACCCCCAGACUGCCGCCUUCCAUGAAGCCGCUGAUUUCAACUCUCACCCCCUCAAACCCUACGCCCGAAGCUUAUCCCAUGAGCUGAGGACCCCGAUGCAGGGCGUGGUAGGCAUGCUUGAUGUCAUGCACGCUACAGUCCGCGAGGCGAUGGAGAGUAAAACUCCUGUCAAAUCGGGCGGCAUUUUUCAAUCUCUCAAGGAGGGGAUCGAGAUGGUUCAAGAUAGCGCGAGACGUGCUGUUGAAGCGGCUGACAAUGUCGUUCAUGCAUACGAGCUCAACAUGCAAAUCCCCAAAACCCCACUCCGGGAGGAGCCCGAGAUACUAGGCGGUCUCGCAGUCCCACCUACUAUACCCGAAACCCGCCCGAGCAUCUUUAUCGAAGGAAAUAAUAUUGCUGUAAACCCGUACAAACGGCGGCGGAGCCUACCAUCAGAAAUGAAUAACCGACCAGUACGCAAGCAAAGACUCCGUGCGGCUUCGUCGCGGCAAGAGCUUUCGCCUCGCAGCGAAGAAGUUAAGAAUGCUGUUCACGAAAGCGACCAGAUCGUACAUGCUAUCCCAGCUCGCCAGUUCGAAGCUGUAAUGGCUAACAUGGUCGAUCCACGCCCGUCUCUCGCAGUUCGGCGAUCCGCACCUCACUUACUCCUUGAGGGGAUCAACGUGAACCUGAGAGGUUCUGCUUUGCGUUUUACCAAACUGCGAGAUCUUCUCCGCUUGGUAAUCAAUGAGUCUCUUCACGUUGGUGGCCGACCGGAUUCUGCUGUUAGCAAUGCAACCGAGUUUGGUGAAAGAAUUGAGAUUCGGUCGCGGUCCUCGAAUGGUGAAUUGUUCACCCAGGUUGUGGACUGGUCUGUAGACCCUUCAUUACCGGACACCCUUCUUGCCGAUGACCGCGAUCUGGCCAAAUUAAUCUCAUGCGUCUUUCUCAACGCGAUUAAAUUUACCAACAACGGCACCAUUACUGUUUGCGCAACUAUUGAGCCCAAAAGGAAUGAUGUUCUUAUUCUUGUCCGUGAUACCGGCCCGGGAAUCCCCGCUGCGUUCCUACCCAAUCUUUUCAAGCCAUUUGCUCGUGAGGAUGCAUCGACCACAAGAAGCAAAGAUGGCCUGGGCCUCGGUCUGCUUGUGGCCAAGGGCCUUUCACGCAAAAUGGGCGGUGACUUGACAUGUGUGCGUUCGUCGACGUCUGGUCCUACGCGCGGUACAGAAUUUCGAAUUCGAAUCCCCGUAAAUCAACGUGAAGCUGAACUCCGCCCUGCAACUCCCAGUGAGAGUGUUUCGACGCCAUCUACCUCUACCACCGACCAAACACGACAGGGUAGUGUCAGUAGCCUUUUGUCUGACCCCUGUUCCUUUAACUCCCCAUUUAUCCUCCCCCAAAACUGCCAGCUGCAACAGCCGACACCGUGUACCACCGACGAGAAUAUGUCUCAAAGCCCAACACCCCUGCGACCCUCAACACAAACCCGUUUGCAUCGAACACAUAUUUCCGGCGAUGCAUAUGACAAGAAGCUUGGGGAGAAAUAUCCGCUGCGGUUUCUCGUUGCCGAAGACAAUCGAAUCAACCGGCGCGUACUGGUGAACAUGCUACGCAAACUUGGCUACCGCGACGUACUCGAAGCGGCCGAUGGCAAAGAAGCCGUCCAGAUCGUUCAAGGCAUUCUCUCCGCAUCAAAGCCCUCCACUGCCCUUGGCAUUGGUCUCGAUCCAGCAAACGCAAUGCAAGGCGUCAUCAAUACGCCACCUCCGGCUACACAAAUAAAACCGAUCGAUGUUGUCUUGAUGGAUCUUUGGAUGCCUGAAAUGGACGGAUAUGAAGCCACCUCACGAAUUCUCCAGAUGGUCGACAACCACCGGGACCAACAUGCUGCUUUUCAGCAACCGAACCCCAACAGCCCUGACUCCAUGGAAAUGGAUCCAAUCCCCAACUCCUUUUGUGCGCCACCACCUCCCACAGUUCUUGCCGUGAGUGCCGAUGUUAGCGAUGAGGCAUUGAAUCGCGCCUCCAGAGUGGGAAUCAAAGGCUAUAUGACGAAACCAUACAAACUCUCUGACCUCGAACGGUUGAUUCUCGAAUUCUGCGGUGGUACUGGCAACCCCGUUGUCUAA